GAGCUUGACUGACCUUGCCAUUUGUUGGGGGUUAAGACGCAUGAGACCACAGACAGUGAAAAGAAGCUGGGAAAGAGAGAGGCUUUGUAGAUAAGCAGCCUGCUCCCUGUGACUGUAGGCAGCCUGAAAGCAGUCCAGAGAGGAGAAGGAAGACUGUCAAAAAGAAAACUGAGUAAGGCGACUCAUGUAAGGUUUUGACGAGCGUAGCGGAAGACAUUUGGUGGUGUUGAGAAGAAGCCAAGCUGAGCUGACUUUCCCCCCCGAGGAGGAGUUGCAGUUGCCGGCCGGGGCAGGUCCCAACGGCUGGCAGGGGCUGGCCCGACUGCUUCUCCACCUCCAUUUCUUUCCUCCUCUUCCAUUCUUCCUUAUCCUCCCUUGAAGAAUCGACUGCUGUGCAGUGCUGAACUUACAGGCAGAGCCCGUAAGAAACCCAGGAAUGCUCGAAUGAAGAACACUCCAGAGGAUGAGCCUUUUAUGAGAGGACCUCUGCUGCAAUUUUGAUCCCUUUUUUUGCACUCACUGGUUGGGUGCAUAUAGGAAAAUAGCAUCCCUUCUCCCCCUUCUAAUUGUUUUUUGUUUUUUUUAAACCGGAACGCUGGCAACCUUUUCGGUAGCGCGGUGCAAGGACCAGCUCCACUCACCCAAGAUGAGCCGCUGGCUGAAAUGCACGUCCAUGCACUUUAACACAGACUGGAACAAGCAUGAUGAUCGGCUGAUGAAGGCAGUGGAACGAGGGGAAGUGGACAAGGCGGCUGCUGUCCUGAGCAAGAAGGGCAUCAUCCCAACCAAGCUUGAUGUGGAGGGACGCUCUGCAUUUCAUCUGGCUGCAACACGAGGACACUUGGACUGUCUCAAUCUCAUCUUGUCACACGGUGCUGAUAUCACUGCAACUGAUGCCACUGGUAAAAACGCUCUUCAUCUGGCUUCAAGAAAUGGCCAUUCGCUGUGUGUGCAAAAACUCCUGCAGCAUAACUGUCCAGUUGGGAAUGUGGACCUUCAAGGAAGAACAGCUCUGCAUGAUGCUGUCAUGGCAGGCUGCUCAUCCAGUGUGAAACUUCUCUGCGACAGUGGCGCUUCUGUCAAUGCCAGUGAUUUUGAUGGCAGGACUCCUCUGGUGCUUGCAACCCAAAUGUGUCAUCCACGCAUCUGUCAACUCCUUGUCGAACGAGGGGCUGAUAUCGCUGUGCGAGACAAACAAAAAAAAACAGCACUCAUUCUGGGUUGUGAGUAUAGCUGCAAAGACGCAGUGGAGGUGUUGUUGAAGAGUGGUGCUGAUGUGAAGGACGUGGAUAGCUUGGGUCAUGAUGCGUUCCACUACGCUCGCCUCAGCAAGAAUCCAGAGCUUGUUACUUUGGUCAAAGGCUACCUCGAGAGAGCCAGCAAAGGAAGAGAGGCAGCAAAAGUAGAACAAUGGAGGAGACAGCAGUCAGUGACAGACACCAUGGAGGCUAACAAAAAGGAUCAUAUUAUACAUGACCUGGAGAGGCUGAACGAGUCCCUGCAGGAAAGUCUCAGGAAGUCACAAUUGGAGCAGAGGGCCUUGUUUGAUAAGGUCAACCUGUUACAACAACAGCUCACACAGGAAAAGAAGACAGUAGAAGACACUCACAAAGAGAAGGAGCAAUUAAAGGCGUUACUUAGUGCCAACGAACCAGAAGGGUCACGAGGCUUGGAGACUGUCAAGGUCCAGCUCAAAAGCACCAUGGGGGAUUACUCUGGACAGUCAGUGAUCAAAGGAAAAGAGAACAUUUUGGUCAAGCAAGCUUAUAGCCUGGAUUUGGAUCAGCAGAAACUCCAGAUACCAGCAACGUCACGUUCACUGUGUAGACCACUAGAGAAAGGUCUUUCUGGUGAGCGCGAUCUUCUCCGACAUGAGCUUGAGAUGCUAAAAAGGAAACAGCAAACAACCGAGGAGGAAAGGAUGCGACUUCACGCGGCUCUGAGCCGAAAGAAUCGAGAGUACCAAGAACUCGUUCAGAACACAGAUCUCAUCAAGAGACAAGGUGACCAGCAAGUCAAAGAACUCGAGGAUGCCUUGGGGGAGGUCCAGAAGAGGAUGCUUGAUUCGGAAUGCAAGGUUAAGCAGCUGCAGGCCCAUGUGGUUGCAGUGAAGGAACACUUGGGAGGCCAGGCCACAGAAGAGCUUCGUGCUCAGCUUCAGGAUGUCAAAACCAAGUAUGAAGGCGCUUCGGCUGAAGUGGGUCGUGUUCGGAAUCGUCUUAAACAGAGUGAGAAGGCAUUGGAAGAGUACAAGAACAGUGAAAGCCAGCUGGCAACUGAAGCCGAACGGUUAAACGAACAGCUCGAAGUUGUGACUGCAGAGAGAGAUGAACUUUCAGAAACUGUCCUCGCCAUGGAGACCCAGUUGAAGGGAGCUCAAUCCAAGCAGAGCAACAUGGUGCCGGCCGAGAAAUUUGACAACAUGAAAAACCUACUGACCAAUGCAGUAGAUGAAAAGGAACGGCAACUUGCUGAGCUGAGAGACGACUAUGAUCGUGUCCUCGAGGAGGUGGCGGAGCUCCAUCGGAAGUUGGAUCAUCCGACCCAGGGAGGAGCAGGGGCGGUGCCCACUGAGGAGCAACAAAGGAUUCAGGCUGCCCUGGAAGAGCAGAAUAUCUCGCUGAAAAGAAAGCUACAUGAUGUAACUGCAAAAAGCCAGGCACUUAUUCACGAGAUGGAGGAGAGUGAGGAAGAGCGGGAGAUACUGCAAGAGAAGCUGGAGGAGCUGAAUUGCAGGCUUGAGGUGGACUUCAUCCCGAUGAAGGAACACGAUGAAGCUCGCAUGAGGAUGGCAUCCGCUGUGGAGGAGCUGGAGGACAAACUUGUGGAAGCCAGUGAACGUUUUGGCAAAGCAGAGGCACAAGUCCAACCGCUUCACACCGAGAGGUUGAUGCUCCAGGAGAAUAUUAACAAUCUGCAAAGUACCAAUGAGAAGCGGGAGAGUGAAAUAGAAGCCCUGAAGACUCACAAUGCCGAACUGAUAAGAAAAUUUGAACGAUUACAGACGAGCUGCGACGACAGAGACAAGCAGUGUGAACAGCUGACAGCACAGAGCCGGACUUUGAAACAGAGCCUCGAGGGAGACUAUGUGCCGAGACAACAGCAUGAGCAACUGAGGAUAGAACUAACCGCUACUCUCGAGAGUGUCAAGGCAGAGAAUUUAAGUUUGGAGUCCGCAGGGAAAGAAUGUAGAGAGGAAUUAAAGAAUGUGAAAGAAGGAAACGCCAAGUUACAAGAAAAGUUGGAAAAGGUUCUGUUUGAGAUGAAAACCGACUACGUGAGCGUGAAGGAUCACAGAAAUAUCACAGAAAAGCUGGGUGAUGCUGUUGUACAGGCAGAGAAUAGAGCAAGCCAACUGUCAGACACGCACGUGCUGGCCCAGGAGGACAAUGUGAAGCUGACGGAAGAAUUGCAAGCUCAAAAGAAAGAACUCGACACUCUCAUGGAGGCUAUUCAGUCCAAGUUUGUCCCACUGGCAGCCGUUGAGGACAAAGAAAACUCGUACAACACCCAAAUCAAGGAGUUGAGGGCCAAACUGUUGGAAAUGGAGGAGAAGUAUAACAGAGAGAAGUCUGAAAGAGAGAAUAACAAACUGGAGAAAGACAAACUGAAAGUUGAGAUUGAAUCUGUUCAACAAAAACUUGACACUGCUCUUGUCACCGAUGAGAAGCGCAAGGGAUACGAGGUAGAGUUCAAGGGUCGCUACGAGGCAGUGUCUCUCAAGUUAACCAGUCUGGAAGAAAAGCACAAUGAGGUAAAUCGUCAAAAGGCUGAGCUUGAAGACCAGAACGCCCUGUGCAACACUCAAAUCCAGAAUCUUCAGGACCGUCUCAAAUCGGAGCUAACACGGAUCGCAACCUAUGACACUGAGCUGAAGGCCCUUCAUGACGCCAUGCAGCAUGCCCAAGCCGGUUGCAAGAAAGCACGAGAGGCUCAGCAGGUGGAGGCCCAGAAGGUUUGCGCUCUGCAGAAGGAAGUUCAGGAACUCCACAGAGAACAGGCUUCUCUGUUGCAGGAGCACAGCAAGGCCAAUGAAGCCCUGGCGACUGAAGUCUCGACGCUUCGAAUAGCGCUCCGAGAAGAGGAGGAGAACAGCGGCCAGAGGACCGAGGACGUUUCAGCCCUACAAUCUGAACUUCUUCAAGCCACUCAAGCUCUCGAAGAGCUUCGCUUCAAAGAAGAUCAUAUGACCCAAAUGAAGAAAGAGAAACAGCAUUUGGAGGAGGAAGCUACCAACUUGACCAACAAGCUGUUGAGUUUAACAGAAGAAUGUAAAGCGGUCCACCGGGAGGCAACUCAAGCAAGGGAGGGCGAAAGCAAGGCCAGGAGGGAGAUGGAUGCUGUUCGUGAGAAGGGACAGGCCAUUGAACGAGAAAUUAGGGAGCUGAAAGAACGAUAUGAUGAGUCACUCAGCACCAUUGGCGAUCUUCAGAGAAGGAUUCAGACAUCAUCUCAGCUGACUGAAGCCAAAGACAAGAAGAUCACAGAGUUGCUGAUGGACGUGGAGCGGCUGAAGCAAGCACUGAAUGGUUUGUCCCAGCUGGCGUACACGAGCAACGCCCCUAACAAAAGGCAAAUGCAGCUCAUCGACACCCUCCAAGCCCAGAUCAAGAACCUACAGCAACAGCUGGCUGAUGCUGAGAGACAACACCGAGAGGUGGUUUCCAUUUAUCGAACACACCUCCUCAGUGCAGCGCAGGGCCACAUGGACGAGGACGUCCAAGCUGCCUUGCUACAGAUCCAGCAUGAGACAGAGUUGUGUGUUAAAGCUUUCUUCAGCGUAAUGUUAUGCUCCCGCCCGCAGACUCAAAUUCACCAUUCUCACACUUCCACGACACCCGCCAUGCUUCACACUGCAUUAUUCACACAGAUGAUAGCUCUUCAAUGGACUGUUAUUGAAUCCCAUUUCAUGUCAGUAUAGCUAUUGGCACAUUGGCUUCCAAGUAACCGGAUUGUGAUUCAUCAGAGGGCAAAAGGGUGUGCUUACAUAUUGUGUUAUUCAGGAGAUAACCAGUACAACAAUAUCACGACCGAAAAUCUCAAGUCUCAGCGCCAAAUCCAGGAUACCGUUUUAGUACCAAGGCUGACAUUGGAGACGGCAUGUUGCCACAGGGCUUCUAGAAAUUAGAAACUAACAGUAGAAAAAACUGGAAGCUAGGCUAACUUGGCGUAUUUGAUAAUCAUGGUUGCAGUCCUCUUCCAGUCGUUCUGUUGUGGUAAAAACAAGCAAUUGCUUCUCUAUUAGUUUCUACUGCUGGACAAUAUCGGUGCCAUUGAAAUGUUGAACAGAUUUGGGAUUGUGGCCCUGCCCAUUGUUAUCUUGACCAUUGUUUGUCAGUCAAUUGGACUUUUACUCCCCCCCCUCCCCAAAGUCUUGAAAUUUAGCCUGAUUCUUUUUACGAGCAUAGCCCGCUUUAUAGUAGUGUACAAUAGUGUACAGGACUAGUUAAAGAUGGCCUCCAU